AUGGGCGAGCAAACACUUCGGAGAGCCAGUUCGUUGGAGGCGCAAAAUGCGCCUAACAUCUCUGAGGAUGACCCCGGGUCUUUUUACCCUGAUGCAUCCGGGCCUGCUAACUCUAGUGCUACCGAUAAUGUUCAUGCCAACAAGAACAGUGGAGCACGAGGCAGGCCUCACUUUAGAAAGCAGUACUCCAUGGGAGGAUUUGGUUCACUCAGCCCAGGUGUGCAGGCACACGUGGGGUCUGAACGGUCUAAAGAUGUGUCUAAAAGUCGACACAAGGGUUUCCACAACCCUGUGUCCCUACAUUCGCCAGACGAUCCAAUUCCUCCCUUUUCGCAUCCGAUUAGACCCCGCAUUCCUGGAAUUAGUCGGACUACGAGUAAUAACUCGCUGUUUUCUUCUUCGUCGCAACAACCGGUGGCUUCUUUGCAGCAGCGUAAGGGAUCGCGUGCUGGGUCAUUGUUCAAAAGGUUGGCGGGAAUAAAGAUGACUUCAGCCAAUACAUCUGAACCUUCCGACCAAGAAUCAACUGUUAACAAUUUAACUGCGCAACCACCUGGUAUUCGGCGCAAAAUGAGCACCUUCAUUCAUGGUAAUAACGGACAAGCUCCUGCGCACGAUCAUUCUCACAACACUGGCGAAACCGAAUCGAUAAAUUCUGACACGUACCUUAAAGCAAAUAGAGGUGUACUUCUCCCCUCAACGGCAAAUAGCAGGCGUGGUUCUGCUGCAAGUGGUAUGGCCGCCGCCAGUGGUAAUAACUCCCCCAAAAUUCUUCAUAUGCAUGCAGGGUCAGUGCCCGCAACUUCCACUACGACAAAUAGCGCGUCAGAAGACCAAAAAGUGAUCUCGCGUAAUCAAUUCUCCGAUUCCUCCGAAAGCCCUGAACGUAAUCCUAGAAACGACUUGAGUAGAAGUACCAGCUAUUUCCUAUUAGACACAGAUCUCAAUAAUGUUUCGGAUAUUACUAAUAUUACUGACAAGUCGGCUAAAGAACCGCCGAAGCCUGCGCAAAGAAAAAAUGGACCUACGGUUAGAAGCAAAUCCAAGGAGGUCACGAGAGCUCCCUUGGUUGAUACCGAGAAAAAUGCUCCCCACGAUAUUUCACACUCAAAGGUGCAGUGGAUACCUCCAGAGAGUUGGGAUAUCGACGAAGAGGUUGGGAAACCAUUACCCUCGAGAUCUAAACGCAAAGCGCAUCGUCACCAUGGCCCAACGGGCUCCAAGAUUGAUCGAGAUCGAGCAGGCGGAUUAGCUGCAAAGCCAACACAUCCCAAGAGAAAAGAGCUCACGCCGAAACUCGAUUCGUUGGAAGAGGCAGCUGAUCAAGAACAUGCCAGCACAAAGCUAUCUCCAGAACCCCCGAAAAGUUCUGCUGCCUCGAUGGCCAGUCUUACAAGUAAUAACAGCAAAUCGCAGGAAUUAAGCGAAGCUACCCUCUCUACGAGUGAUUAUGAAGACGAUGAUGCUGAUGACGAUCGGAUGCGUGCCGAUUCAUUAGAUUCGGUGCUAACGAAUGAAUUUGAUUCUACGAAGAAUGAUGAGGCUUUCGAUAAGGCCGGAUAUGAAUUGGAGAAAUAUUAUAACGAUUAUAGCGACUUGGAUUCUUCAAGGCGGUACGCGAUUAGAAUCUUUAAUACGGAUGACACUUUCACGACACUGUCACUACCACCCAACACUUCUGUACAGGAGAUGAUACCACAACUGAAAAGAAAGUUCAAUAUAGGCCAAGGAAAUUAUCAGGUUUCUCUAAAGGUUGCCAAAGUCCUAAAGGUUUUAUCGCCAACUGCACGUCCAAUUUUGAUUCAGCGCAAACUGCUGCUUCUCAAUGGCUAUUUGAAAAGUGAUCCACUCCACAUAAUGGGAAUUGAAGAUUUGAGUUACGUUUUCAACUUUGUCUUCCACCCUGUGGCAACUUCACAAUUAACAACAGAACAAGAGCAGAGACUUUCGAGAGGGGGCUUCGUGCACGUCGAUCUGAGAAAUAUGAAUUUGACUACACCUCCCAUCAUCUUUUACCAGUAUACUCCAAAUAUCGAAAGUUUAGACUGUUCAAACAGCGCAAAUAUAUUCUUGCCUCUCGAUUUCAUCGAAAGUGCAAUUAAGCUCUCCAGUCUGAGAAUGGUCAAUAUUAGAGCAUCAAGGUUUCCUCUUAACAUUACAGAGGCUCAUAAGUUGGUCUCUUUAGACCUAGAGAGAAAUUUCAUCAAAAGAAUUCCUCCUUCAAUUUCCAAUCUGGGCGAACUCACGAUGCUAAAUUUACAAUGUAACGAACUAGACAGGCUACCUGCAGGCUUUACUGAAUUGAAAAACCUACGACUUUUGGAUAUUUCCUCGAACAACUUUUCGAAAUUUCCAGAGGUGAUAACUAACUGCACGAAUCUGCUUCAAGUUGACUUGUCUUACAACAAAAUCCAGAGUAUUCCAGAGUCGGUUAACCAAUUAACAAAGUUAGCGAAAAUGAAUCUUGCGCAGAACAAGCUUACCGACGUAGGUGACUUGUCUGGUAUGUCCAAUCUACGAACACUCAAUCUGAAGCAUAAUAGGAUAACAACCUUGAGGCUGAAUAACGGUAACUUACAAAACUUGGCCCUUUCCAACAACCGCAUCAGUGUCUUCGAUGAUAAGUUAUCAAAACUUAAGAUUUUGGAAAUUCACGAAAAUCCCAUCACUUCAAUCGCAUACGAAGGGCAAUAUCUCGUUAAUAUAGUCACGCUGUCAUUGAAUAAGGCGAAACUGGCAAGCUUGCCGCCCGAGUUAUUGUGCACUCUCCCUCGACUUGAAAAGCUCGAAUUGAACGGAAAUAACUUAACGCAAAUUCCUCCUGAGAUCAGCAAGUUAACGAAACUGGUAUAUUUCUCAGCGGCCAAAAACAAACUUGAAAGCAUUCCGGAGGAUAUUUGCGAGUUAAAGUGUCUAAAAACCCUUGAUAUUCAUUCCAACAAUCUAAGCAAUCUCGUUAAGGGCCUGGGAAAAAUGGAACUAACCAGUUUUAAUGUCUCAUCUAAUUUGCUCGGAAACACCAUAGAUAUUCAAGAAAUUUUCCUCAAUAGACGAGACUCUGCUCUCGCCAAAAAUUUGCUAUUCCUGAGCAUGGCGGACAAUAAUUUGGGGGAUCAAUUUUGGGCUCUUUUCAACAUGUAUGAAAAUCUGAAAACACUGAAUUUAUCGUACAAUAACCUCAGCGACCUUUCCAUUUUCAAAUUAGAAAAUCUCACAGAGCUUUACCUAUCUGGUAACAACUUCAUCACCUUACAAGGUGACACGGUGCUGAGAUGGAAGUAUCUCAAAGUGCUUUUGCUAAAUGGUAACAACCUCCUUUCAUUGCCAUCUGAGUUAUCUCAACUCACGCAGUUGAGCGUCUUGGACGUCGGAUCAAAUCAACUGAAGUACAAUAUCUCUAAUUAUCACUAUGACUGGAACUGGGCCAAUAACAAAGACUUGAAAUAUCUCAAUUUCUCAGGAAAUAAGAGGUUCGAAAUCAAAUCUGCUUCGGACUCAGAAAGUAAGAUGGACUUGUCUGAUUUGACUGUAUUGAAAGACUUAAGAGUUUUGGGCUUAAUGGAUGUCACUUUAAAGACUUCUAAGGUACCUGAUGAAGGUGUGAAUAUCCGUUUGAGAACGACUGCUUCAGUUUUGAAUGGAAUGAAAUACGGCAUUGCCGACACCUUGGGCCAAAAAGACUCCGUGACCUCAAGAGAUGUGACUUUUGAAAGAUUUCGAGGUAAUGAAGAUGAGUGUCUGGUAUGCCUUUAUGAUGGAAAAAACGAAAAUCCUCGUACGGGUCACAAUAUUUCCAAGAUAAUAAGAGACAAUUUUCACAAGAUAUUUAUCCGCCAGCUCGAAAAAUAUGGAGAGACUUCCGAUGGCAUCAAAAACGCGCUGCGGUUCAGUUUUUUGCAGUUGAAUAAGGAAAUCAACAGCACGCUUAACUCCGUUGAUAACGAACUUGUCAGCAAAGAUUUGACAUAUGCCGACCUGUUGAGUGGAUCUUCAGCCACUGUACUAUACAUGAAAGGUAAAGUUCUUUACACAGCAAAUAUUGGGGAUACGAUGGCAAUCUUGUCCAAAAACAAUGGAGACUUCGCGCCCUUGACUAAGCUUCAUGUUCCCUCGAGACGAGAAGAGUAUGAACGCAUUCGGAUUUCCGGAGGUUAUGUGAACAAUCAUAAGCUAGAUGGAGUGUCAGAUGUUUCGAGAGCAGUUGGGUUUUUUGACUUGUUGCCACAUAUCCAUGCUUCUCCUGACAUUUCGGAGUAUCGCCUGUCUACAACCGAUGAUCUUGUGAUCAUUGCAACUUGUAAACUAUGGGAUUACUUGGAUUACCAGACUGCUUGUGACAUUUGCAGAGAAAACAAAGGGGACCCUAUUCGUGGGGCAGAAAAAAUGAAGGAUUAUGCCAUAUCAUACGGUUGUACUGAUAACAUGACUAUUAUGUGUUUAUCUUUGGAUAAGUCUAGUACUGGGCAAACAAAUUUCAUGCUAAACAAACAAGAUUUAAUUUCAAGGAGAAGCACUUUCGAAGAUUCCACAUUAAGAAGAUUGCAACCAGAAAUUGCCCCUCCAACAGGAAACCUGGCCAUGGUUUUUACCGACAUAAAAAACUCAACAUUCCUUUGGGAACUUUUCCCAAAUGCGAUGAGAAGUGCAAUUAAGACCCAUAAUGAUGUUAUGCGUAGAAACCUGCGUAUUUUCGGUGGAUAUGAAGUUAAAACAGAGGGUGAUGCAUUUAUGGUGGCGUUUCCUACUCCAAUAAGCGCAUUAGUAUGGUGCAUGAGCGUCCAGUUAAAGCUAUUGGACGCUGAAUGGCCUGAGGAAAUCACCUCGAUUCAAGGUGGAUGCCUCAUUAGUGAUGCUGAAAAUAGAAAAAUGUACCUGGGUUUAUCUGUCAGAAUGGGUAUUCACUGGGGCUGUCCCGUGCCUGAACUAGAUGUUGUGACUCAACGUAUGGACUAUUUAGGACCGGUCGUUAACAAGGCUUCAAGAGUAUCCGGCGUUGCCGAUGGUGGUCAAAUAACUCUCAGUAGUGACUUCUGCUCUGAAUAUCACAAGUUAAUGGCACUGCACAAUCGCGUGGUGAACGACCAAUGUUCAUUAAAAGAGGCUUAUGGAGAGACUCUUGUUGGUGAAGUUAUGGAGAGAGAAAUUCACUUGCUGGAAGGCAUAGGAUGUGUAUUUCAAGAACUUGGUGAGAAAAAAUUAAAAGGUUUGGAAUCUAUUGAGUUUAUCACAAUAGCUUACCCUAAGGCAUUGGCGGCCCGUCAUGAAUUCGGAACCCAACAAACCGAAGCAAGCAUCAUAGAUGACGAAACUUUGUUCCAAUUGCGGUCGGUAUCCAAUAAACUUGAAAGCCUGACGUCUGUGCUUAACGGUUCACUCAUUGAAAAGGAAGAAAUCGGUAAAUUGGGAUGUUAUGUGAACUUUGACAAGAAGACAACCAUGGCAGUAGUCCAAGCUUCUACAGAGAUGGAUCGUAUAUCGCUUCUGGAUCACGUAAUUACUAGGUUGGAGGCCGUAGUCGCAACUCUUCAAAUUCGCCAGCGGAUGGAGGGGUCGUUAAAGUUAGCGAAAGGAAGUGACACCAAUGCGGCAAAAUCCAUCUUUGAACUGGUGGACCAAUUACUUGAAGCGGCGGGUAAGCAAAGUUAA